CCGGGAACACCGCUGAGCACACUCAACACGUGCAUAGCCCACUUUUCUCAAUACUUUCCCCGGAAUUUAAUAAAUUUCCUAGUUUUUAAAAAUUCCCUAAGCUUCAAACUUUCAAAAUGACAGCGGAAACGGAAACGUUGGACAAGGGGCCCAAGUCGUUCGAUAAGUUGCAGACAAAAACUGCUGUCAAAGCUUUGUUAAAAUACGUCUCCAAGAAAAAGUCAGACGCCCUAUUUCUCGACGCCUCGGCCCGUUUUCUCCUCGACAUCACGGCAUUCAAGACCCCUACGGGCGCUCAUCAAUAUUAUAACAUUGUUCUCCCCCACUCCCCUUAUCCCUUGGCCACCGAGUCCCUCGACAUCCUUCUGAUUGUCCGCGACGUGACUGGCGUCGAAGCGGAACAUGUCAUCGGUCAGGUCAAGGACGAAUUGAUGAGUUCCUCCGCCACCCGGGACAAACUCAAGGUUCGACAAAUCAUGACGUUGAAACAGUUGAAGGACGACUACUCGACGUUCGAGGCGAAACGUGCCCUUGCCAAGACGGUCGAUGUGGUUAUCGUAGAGCACAAAUUGUUCAAAAUGAUGCCCCGCUUGCUCGGGAGAGAGUUCCAGAAGAAGAAAAAGUUCCAUUUGGGCAUCCCCGGGAGACAGUUUAAAGAUAAGGAUUUGGGUGAACAGAUCUUAUUCGCCUUGCAGAAGAGUGUCCUUCAUAUUAGUUUGAAGGGUCAGACGUCAACGAUGGUGGUCGGGAACGACAACCUCAAGGCGGACGAGCUCGCUGAAAACGUAUCCAAAAUUGCAUACUGGUUGAAAAAGAAGUUUCCCGGAGGAUGGAAAAAUAUUCAGAAAUUGUCCCUUCACACCGGAGAAGGAGGCAUGCCGCCGCUUGUCGUCUACUUUUCAACAGGAUCCGCCAACGACGUAAAGAAACCACCCGUUACGAAGGGAGGAUCAAUUCCAGAGCCGACGGAGGGCGAGUUGUCCACCCAACCGGGAUCUCACAUUAAGAUUCACGCUACCGGAGAGAUUGAAGUGCUCGAGAGGAAAAGGGUCAGCGCGGAGGAUAAAGAGCUUAUCGCCGCCUUGGGGGAUAAGCCGAGGAAAGGGAGGAACCAGAAUGUUGCGAAGGGAAAGACCCCCGUCAAGAAGGAAGAUGUCAAAAAGGUCGAAAAAGUAGAAAAUUCAGCAGAAGAUGAGGAAGAUGACGACGACGACAUGGAGGAAGAACAGGAGAUUGAUGAAGACGAAAUGGACGAGGAGGAGGACGCAGCCGCAGAAGAAGACAGUGUCGAAGAAGAAAUGAGCGAAGGUGACGAAGAAGAUGACGACGAUGAGUGAAAAAUAUUAUGUUUAAAGCUUAACAAUUUUAUAAUAUUUGCUGAUUUCUAAAUAUAUAAAAAUAAAUAAACGAUGUUAAUUUUCACAUAA